UGGGCAGAUGGCAAGCCAAGCAAUGGGCGUGUCUACCCGGCGCUAGGGGGAAGGCUUUUUUUGUUGAAGCUUCCGAUCCGAGAAUGUGUUACCAGUUGUUUGUUUUGUGCCGCGCGAGGCUCAUUCCAAAUCGUGGGUUACAACAUGCGGCGUUCUGACCUGCGUGCAAGUCGUGCUUUGGACAUGGAUUGGAUAAAACCACUCCUGCAUGCAACAUGGAUCCACACCCGGGUGCCAGCUCCCCGAUACUGCUUUUAGCGAAAGCACAGGUUCACAAAUUAAAAAAAAAAACCUCAACCGCUGCUGCCGCCCGAGCACCCCUGGGAAUACCCCUAGUCGAUUUCUAGAUGCACGGUAACUUACUGAGUUAAGGUAGGUACUUGCUUAUAUUGCAUCACUAGUCAGUUAGGCAGCCAUGGAGAAAUAAAGAUGCAGCCUUACCAAAACCAGAAAAAAUAGGCUUUUCAUUUCAGCUUUUGCGGAGAGUCCGGGGGAUGCCGUGGGUCAUUUUGGACAAAGUCUGGACUCGGCCAUCUUCUUUCUUGCUGCCAAAGGAUGGGAACGAAGGCCUGGUGGCAAGGGUCGCUCCAGAUAAGGCACUGACCUUUUUCUUCGGGGAUUUUGUCAUGAAGGUCAUCAAAAAAACAACAAUCGUGAACACGAGGGACGGGCAAGUUGGUGUCGAGCGGCUGCGGCGGCUGAUGAUGCAACUUCUAUCGGAUCCUCCGAUGGGUUCGUCGGCGGAAUCGUUGCUCCUUGGAGCUUUUAUAGACGGCCUUCCGACGCUCUUCUUUGGCUGGACGCUAGCUUGCAACUCGGCGCAACUCAGCUUCCUUUCAGGAUAUACCGGCGUGACUUGAAAAAGGUCAACAUACACAAUGGCCAUGUCUGCCAUACUUCGCCUUGUUACUUGCCUUUUUGCUGCUCUUGCGCUAUCUCCAUUCGUUGGAGCGCAAGAUGUGCCGCUGCUCCUGACUGGUGGCUUCGAAGGUGCCACGGCCGACGAUGACUCCUUCAACACUGGCGGUUUUGUAACCGUGUUGGGACAAAAGGUCACUGUGCCCAAGAACCUCCAGGUUGCCUUUCCUGCCACCUUUGUGCCCUGGAAGGGCUUUGUUGAGUCUGCCUCAAAGUUCCUUGGCUACGAAAUCUCUCUUGUGGGCAACUAUGUAAAUGGAGUUCCUAUUGCAGGCCAGAUCUCCAUCAACCAAUUCUCCCUGGGGGGUGGCGCCGGCUUCAUCGAAAAGAUCAACCCGGACGGCACCCUGGGAAUGAGGAGUGGAAUCGACAUUCGCAUCAAUGACCCUACCGGCGUCUUUGGCGUCGUCUAUGACGCCGAUCCUUUCUUCACAUCGGACCCGGAGAACCCCAGCGUCACGUCGUUUUCUGGCUUCCCCAUGUGUGUGCCUCGCAACGCAAGCGAUCCCCUUUGUCCGGCUUCUCAACGGCCUGUGCUGUCUGGAGGGGCAAGACAAGGCACUUUCUUGGCCGUCGACCCUCUUGUCAUGGCACCCCUGCUGCCCGGCGACUGGAUCGAGUACAGUGGCUUCAAGCGCGGAAACACAUACUACGCGUACGAGAUCGUGGCAACCAACGUGCAGAUCACCACCGAUCCCAGCCGCGGCGAUCCCACUUAUAUCCGUGUCGAGGACGCCCUCAUCGGCGUCUUCAACGGUGGCGCCGACGUCGAGUCCGCCGAGACCAAGAUGAUCGGAUACACAUCCGCCCCGACCGCCCGCGUGUCCAUGUCCGCCGUCGACAUCGACGUCUGCACGGGCAAGACGACGCUCCGGGAGAUUGGCUCCGCGGCCACGCGGGCCGGCCAGGUGCGCAACAAGUUUGAGUUCCGGGCCAAGGCGACGGUGCCGACAAAGUACACGCAGCAGUACCUCUUCAUGUCGGACAAUGGCGUCAAGACCACCAAGAACGGCAUCAAGGCCGGCCAGUACAUGACGCCCGUGACCGAGUGGAUCCAGCCCGAGCUGACCACGCCCGGUUUGCCGCCGCCCCAGCACUACUUUAACGACAUGGACUACGCCACCAAGGGUCUGGGCUUCGACGGCACAAACAUCUGGGGUCCGCUGACGCCCUUCCCGCAGACUGGCGUCGCCGUCUUUGACACCAGCUCCUGCCCGCCGCCGUCGACCGACCCGGCACCCCCGCCUGCCACCACCACCACCUCGUCUGCGCCUCCUCCGCCUACCAGCACCGUCGUCGUGGACACGGUUACUUUCCAGUCGCUGACCUGGACCAAUGGACAGGGCGGCACGCUGGCGGCGACGUGUCGGUCGGUUGCUGGAAGCAACGGCCAGCGCGCAUCGAGCAUGGUGCUGCAGUUCUCGAACCGGGAUGGUGCCUUUUCGCAGACCAUGACCAGCACGGGCAAUGGUGACUUUACGUACAGUGCCAGGAGCACGAGGCAGCCGAGCGGGAACGUCAAGUGCUUGAGCAACUUGGGUGGCAGUGCUGUUAGGUUGGCGCCGUGAGGGGGAUGGGGUUUGUGGUCAAGUAGAUUUCUUGGAA